AUGGUUGCAGAUGCUGCAACAGCUAAUGCAAUCGUAAUCUCUCUUCUGGUUUCACUUGCUGUUGCUGGUGGCUUCUUGGCUCUCUUCUUUCUCUCCUUGACUGCUGUUUACAUCGGAGUUUUAUCCGUUGCUGCUUUCGUUAUCUCUACCGUUACAGUUUCAGCUCUUGUUACCGUCUUGAUUGCUUCAGGUUGGAUUGGGUUUUUCUAUGCUGUGUGGUUGGGAGCAAGAGGAAGCAUGUGCUUGAUGGGAUUAGCCAUUUCUGGUAACAGUUUCAGUCAUCAUCAACACAAGGAGCGAAAUGUAAACAUGUACUGUCACUGA